CAGACACCCACAACCAUUCAAGGCAAUCGGUUGUGAAUUUCUUUGAACGAUUGACAUAAACAUCGACAUUAAUUUCGGCUUAUCGUCAAGAGGGUUAGAGUGGAACAAAUUUUGUGUGGAAUUUCACGGUUUUUCUUUCGUAAAUAUAUUACUGCUAAUCGUAAGGCGUAUAUACGCCUAAUGAAUAAUUAUUGAACACAAAAGACAAUGCUUCGAACAUUGGUGGGUAGAGCAGUUACUGGCAGUCCAUUGGUGAAUAGGACUCUUUCUGGGAGUUACUCAUGUAAAAAACAACAGUUACUGAGAUUUCAGCAACUUGUGUCUUUCUCAUUAUCAACCAGAAGUCAGCAAGUGUUUGAUGUUGACACGUUUGAUAACCCAAGAAUUCUUAUCACCGGGUCACUAGGUCAACUUGGACAGGGAUUGGCUCGUGUUUUGCGGAAAAAAUAUGGACAAGAUAAUGUGAUUAUGUCAGAUAUUAUUAAGGCUCCUAAGCAUAUCAUAGACAGUGGUCCAUACCUGUAUGCUGAUAUCCUAGACUUUAAGAAUCUACAAGAAAUUAUAGUCAACAACAACAUAGACUGGCUUAUUCAUUUUAGUGCUCUCCUGAGCGCUGUUGGUGAACAGGAUGUUCCACUGGCUAUCAAAGUCAACAUUCAAGGUCUCCACAACAUUAUGGAACUCGCUAAGAUGUACCAGUUGCGACUAUUCUGUCCAAGUACGAUCGGUGCCUUCGGGCCCGACUCUCCUCGUGAUCCUACACCUGAUUUAACAAUUCAACGUCCUAGGACGAUAUACGGUGUUUCAAAAGUACAUGCAGAAUUAAUGGGAGAGUAUUACAACCAUCGGUUUGGGCUGGACUUCAGGUGUUUGAGACUUCCAGGUGUAAUAUCAGGUGAUACAAAGCCAGGUGGCGGAACGACAGAUUAUGCUGUGUCUAUUUUUGAUGAAGCUCUGAAAACUGGCAAGUUUGAAUGCUACCUCCGUCCUGACUCCAAGUUACCAAUGAUCUACAUUGAUGACUGCCUCCGAGGCAUCACAGAGAUGUUGGAAGCACCACAAAGCCAGCUGAAAUUAAGAACAUACAAUUUAGGAGCAUUUAGUUUCAAUCCAGAAGAACUUGUGAGCGAAAUACGAAAGCAUAUUCCUCAGUUGGUAAUGAAUUAUGAUGUUGAUCCUGUGAGACAAGCCAUCGCUGACUCAUGGCCGCAAGUGUUUGACGAUUCAGGAGCCCGAAGUGACUGGGGCUGGGGUCAUCAAUAUGACCUCACCGGGAUGGUCAACAUCAUGAUGGAAGUUGUGAGUCAACGCCUGGGAAUUCCGACGAUGGAUCACUCAACCGCCACUGUGUUUCAAGCCUAGAUUACAUCACGUUUACAUCAACGCCAAUUUUUUGCCAUUUGCCAUUUUUCCUGAACGUUUUUUUUUUAUAAAAAUUUUACUUUAAUAUUAAUUAACUAUGUAUAUUAAUACUGGCUAUACUGUGUGAUGUGUGAGUUUGGGGAAAUUGGUGUAUUUAUGUGUAUGUUAUAUAGGUUAUCUAAAUACCUCAUAGCAAUAUGAGCUUAUGUUGAGUUUAAACAUACUAAAUAAUGUAUGCUAGUUCGGCCAUCCCAAGGCAAAACAACGUAACUAACAUUUUUUUGGAUUUUGAGAUAUCAUUCGGGUGUAUAUUAAACACUUCUGAAUUACCUAUGAAAAUUUUAGGUAGAUUCGAAAAUAGCACCACCUAUCUUUAAGCAUAAAACUUAAAAUCUAGUGAUUUUCCAUG